AUGUUUGUCACUAUUCUGUUUGGAGACAGCAGGAUGGAAAUGUUCAAUCUGAACUGUAAGCUGAUACACUUCAUACGCCAUGUAAAGGAGAGGUGUGGUCUGGACUUUAAAGAGUGUGUGGACCUGAUGGACAGCAGUGGUUCACUGAUGAACUUAGAGGACAAGCAGAACAGUGUGGCUCCGGCCAGCGGCUUGUUGGUCCAGAGACAAUACUACGUCCUCCUACACGUCUGCCGAGAUGAAGAUACUGGAGGUCGGAAAUAUGUGUCUCUCUUGAACAACUACAGCCAGAGUCAUCCUGAGUUAACAGAGCUGUUGAGGAAACUAACAAACCCCAACACGGAGCGCGACAGACAGAUCAGAGGACGGCCACAGAGGAGACUUCCCGUCAACCAAACCAGAAGCAAGAACAUCUCUGCAAAUAACAAGAGCCACAGAAGGAAAUAGUCACUACAAACUUUUCUGUCUGAUUUCUGUCUGACACUUUUCUAUCGAGGACCUGACAGAAAACCUGACUCAUCCUGCAGCCACUGAAUGACUCAUCAGAAAUAGAAAUUCUCCAAAGAGGCCUAUGUUCUCUUGCUACUAACUGACUGAGUAGUUAU